AUGGUCCCUCUUCCCCAAGCAACCGAGCUCAAGGACCUCUUCAGCCUCAAGGGCAAGGUCGUCGUCGUUACUGGUGCCUCUGGCCCCACUGGUAUCGGCACGGAGGCUGCCCGUGGUUGUGCCGAGUUCGGUGCCGACCUCGCCAUCACCUACAACUCUCGCGCUGAGGGCGCCGAGAAAAAUGCAAAGGAGCUGAGCGAAAAGUACGGCGUCAAGGUCAAGGCCUACAAGUGCCAGGUCGGCGUCUACUCCCAGUGCGAGCAACUCGUCGCAGACGUCAUCAAGGACUUUGGCAAGAUUGACGUCUUCAUCGCCAACGCCGGAAAGACGGCCGACAAUGGUAUCCUCGAUGCUACCGUCGAGCAGUGGAACGAGGUCAUCGAGACCGAUUUGACGGGAACCUACAACUGCGCCCGUGCCGUUGGUUUCCACUUCCGCGAGCGCAAGAACGGCUCCCUCAUCAUCACAGCAUCCAUGUCUGGCCACAUUGCCAACUUCCCCCAGGAGCAGACCUCAUACAAUGUCGCAAAGGCUGGCUGUAUCCACAUGGCCAGGUCGCUCGCCAACGAGUGGAGGGACUUUGCCCGUGUCAACUCCAUCUCCCCCGGAUACAUUGACACUGGUCUUUCCGACUUCGUUCCCCAGGACAUCCAGAAGCUGUGGCACUCCAUGAUCCCCAUGGGCCGUGACGCAAAGGCUACGGAGCUCAAGGGUGCCUAUGUCUACUUUGCCUCGGAUGCUUCGUCUUACUGCACGGGCUCUGAUCUCCUCAUCGACGGUGGUUACACCGUGAGGUAG